AUGCUUUCUAGAAAAGUUCUAGUAGCCUCGCGCUUUUUGCGUUCUGCGAGAGCUCCUCACCUACGAUACCCAUCUCCGGUCGUCCAGCAGUUUCGUCUGUAUGCGGAUCGAGUGGUAAAGGUGCCAGAAAUGGCCGAGUCCAUCUCUGAAGGAACAUUGAAGCAAUGGUCAAAACAAAUCGGUGACUUUGUCGAACAGGAUGAGGAGAUUGCUACAAUCGAGACUGAUAAGAUCGAUGUUGCCGUCAAUGCGCCAGAAGCCGGAACCAUCAAGGAAUUCUUGGCCAACGAGGAGGAUACGGUCACUGUUGGACAGGACUUGGUUCGUCUCGAGCUAGGAGGAGAGGGAGGUGGUGAGAAAAAGGAGAAGGCAGAAGCGACACCUAAAGAGGCUGCUUCAAAAGACCAGCCAACAUCUUCAGAUCCAGAGCCAAAGAAAGAUACGCCAGAGCCUAAAAAGGAGACACCAGAACCCAAAAAGGAAGAGUCAAGUCCACCGCCGCAGAAGAGCGAGCCAAAGAAACCAUCACCACCUAAACAAGAGUCAAAGAAGGAUGAUUCAAAAUCCAGUUCUGCUCCUACACUGGGCAACCGUGAAGAGCGUCGCGUUAAGAUGAACCGUAUGCGCUUGCGAAUUUCCGAACGUCUAAAGCAAUCCCAAAAUACAGCCGCCUCCCUCACAACUUUCAACGAGGUUGACAUGUCAUCGUUGAUGGAAUUCAGAAAACUAUACAAGGACGAGGUUCUAAAGAAGACUGGUGUCAAGCUCGGAUUCAUGAGUGCUUUCUCUCGUGCUUGCGUUCUCGCCAUGAGAGAUAUUCCAGCAGUCAACGCAUCCAUUGAAGGACCAAACGGUGGAGACACUAUUGUUUACAGAGACUACGUUGAUAUCAGUGUUGCCGUGGCUACUGAGAAGGGUUUGGUCACACCAGUUGUACGAAACACUGAGACUAUGGAUCUUGUCGGUAUUGAGAAGUCAAUUGCCGAGUUGGGAAAGAAGGCUCGUGACAACAAGCUCACCAUUGAGGAUAUGGCAGGUGGAACUUUCACCAUCAGCAAUGGAGGUGUUUUCGGAUCCCUGAUGGGCACACCAAUCAUCAACCUCCCACAAACUGCUGUUUUGGGAUUACAUGCUAUCAAGGACAAGCCAGUCGCAGUCAACGGACAAGUCGUGAUUCGACCAAUGAUGUAUCUCGCAUUGACAUAUGAUCACCGUCUUUUGGACGGAAGGGAGGCGGUUCAGUUCUUGGUCAAGGUCAAGGACUAUAUUGAGGAUCCAAGAAGGAUGCUUUUGUAG